AUGGCACAUCGCAUUCCGACAAUAAUCAAUGGGAAGGCGUCCAUCGUUAGCAUUCCAUCGGUUACAAAACCUAGUCGUAAGACCUUUGGGUUGACCAAACCUCUCAAUGUGGCGCUUCCAACUCCAGCGGACCUUCAAAAGUCCGACGAAUUAUACGAAACGUUGAGGUCACGCAAUUCGAUGGAGAAUUAUGCAGAGCUGAGCCAUCGUGAGACAGUGCUGGCUAAAAUUGACGCACUGGUUGAGCAGUGGGUGCACGACUUGUCGAUUUCGAGAGGUAUGGCUUCUGACCAAGCGAGGAAUCUUGGGGGACGAAUAUACCCCUUUGGUUCGUAUCGACUGGGUGUUCACGAUAAGGGUUCCGAUAUGGACUUACUGUGUGUCGUUCCACGCAACAUUGCCCGUACAGACUUCUUCAGUUCUUUUCUGCAUCUUCUCAAAACACACCCGGAGGCAACUAGUUGUCUAGCAGUGCAAGAAGCCUAUGUGCCUGUAAUAAAAACAAAGUUUGACGGGUUGGAUAUAGACCUACUGUUCGCGCGCUUGACUCUUGCGCGAAUUCCCCGUGAUCUCAACCUACGCGAAGGGAUGCAGCUCAAAAAUUUGGAUGAACAAUCAGUGCGAAGUGUGAAUGGCUACAAGAUAAACGAGGAGUUGUUGGAUCUUGUGCCCAACGUCGAAACCUUCCAACUGGCUCUACGAGCUAUCAAACUGUGGGCAAAACCUAACGGAGUCUACUCAAAUGUACUAGGGUAUUUCGGAGGAGUAUCCUGUGCUAUACUCGUGGCAAGGGUCUGCCAAUUAUAUCCCAAUGCGGCUGCAGCUACAAUCGUGAAUAAAUUCUUUCUAAUAUACUCCAACUGGAACUGGCCCCAGCCAGUCCUGCUGAACAAACCCGACGAUCUCAAACUCGGGUUUCCGGAAUGGAACUCCAAUCCACGUGCCGGACAACAUUUAAUGCCGAUCAUCACUCCAGUCUAUCCACAACAGAACUCCGUAUACAAUGUGUCUCAAUCGACAAUCACAAUUAUCAGAGAGGCGCUCAUGCAAGGGUUCAAGGUAACCGAGAAUAUCAUGGUAGACAAGGCUAGCUGGAGUGAUCUGUUCAGAGGCCCUAGCUUUUUCAUGAAAUAUCAGCACUUUUUGGUGGUGAUGGCGAGUUCGACGAACCCCAGCGACCAACUGAUGUGGUGCGGACUCGUGCAAUCCAGACUUAGGCAUCUAACAUUGAAUUUAGAAUACAAUCGACUCGUUCGAUUGUCACAGGUCCACACCAAGUGCUACGAAGAAGACGAGCAAAAUUGUGCAGAACGGAUGAAGGACAAGGAAGCUGGUGUGAUGUCCGAUAUUUGUACGAUAUUUGAUAUUUGUAUCUGGUUCGUAGGGCUGAAGUUUGAAAAACACCUCAAUAUCCAUCCGGAUCUAACAGAAGCCAUUUAUGAUUUUACCAAUGGAGUGUACAACAAUAAUAUAUAUAGAGACGGAUGUCAAGUUGAGGUGCGACAAAUUAAGCAGAAUCAACUGGCCGAAUAUCUCGACAAACAGUUGCUACGAAAAGAAUUUUCGAGAUAUUCCGAUGAUCAAUCGGUGUCAUCUUCAACUGGAGAAAGCAGCGAAAUAUCUGGAAAGCGGUCUCCAAAUGAAGAACUUCGUGGACACACUACUAAGAAGCAAAGGACUAUUUCGGGUGCCAGUCGAUAG